GUGGGGAAACUCUGUUGACAGCAGGAAUCACACCCAGGCCACUGACAAGUUUGAACAUAUUUUCUGCCUCAGUAAACCUGCCCGGGAUUGUGUUUUGGUUUUGGACUUUGCAGGAGCUCUCAAGGUAUGGAAUAUGGCAGCGACUGAAACGCAGCUUAUGUUAAGCGUCGGAUUAAUCGAGAAAGAUGUGAAUGGAGACACACUGUGGGUUUGGUGCUAUCCCUCCGUGGACUCAGACCUGAGGCAAGUCCUGCUCAGCAAGUGCUGCCUGACGCAGGACAGCCGGGAUUUCCACACCUUUGUGUUUGGUCAGUUCUGCCGUACCUGGUACUACAUUACCACAGUGGAGGUACAGGAACCUACAGCACUAAACAAGGUCACUCAUUUUUCAAUAGUUGUCACAGCAAAAGACUUCAACCCAGAGAAGUAUGCUGCACUCAGUAGAAUACUCUGCAGGAUGUACAUCAAACACGGCAGUCCAGUGAAGAUGAUGGAGGCUUACAUCACUGUUCUCACCAAAGGAAUUUGUCAGAGUGAUGAAAAUGGCUCGUUCCUCAUCAAGGACUACGAUGUUCGGAAGGCGUACUUGGCCGGUUCAGUCAAAGAUGUGGUGUCUCAGUUUGGUAUGGAGACGAUCAUCCUGUACACUGCUCUCAUGCUGAAGAGGAGGAUCGUCGUCCAUCACCCUCGUAUCGAAGCGUUGUUGGAGUUCACCAGAGUUCUGCCGGCUCUGACGUGGCACAGGAAAGACUGGUCCAUCCUGCACCCGUACGUGCACCUGACUGAUACUGAAGUGGAGGAUUUAAAGAAAUGCCCCGGGUAUGUAGCAGGAUUUGUAGAUCCAGAAGUGAGCAACAGAUCAGACUUGUUUGAUGUGUUCGUGAACCUCCCCGACAGUGUCAUCACAGUAUCCCAGAGCGCCAAAGAGGCCAUGGCUAUGGGGAAGCUACACAAGGACGUCGGCCACCUCAUCGUCCAGUCCGCAGAGGAUGCUGAGAGGUCAGACAGUCAGGUGAUCAAGGACAUCUCUGUGAAGACCAAAGAGAUCCUCGCCAACCUGGUCGCCCUGGCUGACGAGUGUGAGGACUCCAAAAUCACACUGGAAGGUUUAAAGCAGCGUCACUUCCCUCCAGCGACGGAGAACUUCCUCUUUCAUUUGGCAGCUGCCGAGCAACUCCUGAGGAUAUAAACUCCAUUUCAGACGCUCCGCUGCAGGAUGAUGUCGCUGUCAGCAGCUGUGGGCUCUGUGGUGUUUUGUAUACGUCAGGAUAAAUACUGUUUUCUGAAAGGCUUGUACAGACUCUCGCUGUUAUCAUAUGAGUGUGCACAAGACGCUCUCUCACAGCAACCUUCAUGUGAAGUAGGAAAGUGUCACUAGCAUCAGAUUUUAGCUUACGCUGUUGCGCUAAUGAGACGUGACUCAUAUCUUGUACCAAUACAAGGGUGUUUGACAAUAAUUUAUAUAUUUUUUUAUUGCCAACAAAUCCCAUGAAAAGACCAAAACAAACAAGUAUUGUGUGUGUAGUCAAAGCCUGAUUAUAUGUGAUUCCUCUGUGCCAUAGAGCUCCACUGUCGUUCAGAAGCUGUUGAAGCUCUGUUACACUGGGAGACAUUCUCUGUAGUUAAUUUCGAGUCAAUCACCUCAUACACAGUCCUGCUGCUGUUAAUACUCACUAGAAUGCCAAAUGUGUAUUAAUCCGCAGCUGGAAAUAGUCCCCAAUAAAUGCACUGUUUACUGCAGUCUGAGUAGUGUUUGCUAAAAACUACAGUACCCAGCUGUUGUAGGAAAACAUUGAGCCUUUUAAAAGAAUGAAGGUAUACAUUUGUGACUUUAUCUCUAGAAGGAAUCAGUGGGUUUGAGGCCGAGUACCAUGUCGUAAAAUUUAGAAAGACAGACACUAAAACUGUUGAUUUUGGUCUCUUCAUGCUAUUUAUUGGCAAACAGAUAAAUAUAAGAUGAUGAUAGCCUUAUACUUUAACAUUAGUCAUUAUUGACAAUAAGGAGCUACAGUAUUUGUCUCAAAUGUUGUGAAAUUGACACAAAUAAGCUGGUACUUUUUCAGCUGGUACAUCCAGAUGUUAGCUUCCACUCCUCAGUGCAAAGCUGCACAAAUCUUGUUCUUGGUCUGAAUCGACUCGCUGUAAAGAGCCAGACCCAGAUGUGUUUGUGUGGUAGCAGCAGCUGGAACGACUCAGAUGUGAUGAGAACUUAUUGUUAUUGAGUUAGUUGAUAGAAACUGCGUUGUACGUGGUUAUGAGAUCUCAAGAGCACAACAUGUGGGUUUACGUCUUUUUAAACAGUUUGUAUUUUACUAAUGAUUUUGGUGUCACAACAGAAAUACAAGCAAAUUGUGUUAUCAGGUUUUUUCAAAGUGUUUUAUAAAAAAGCAAAAACAAAAUAACUGUUCCUCAUUAACCUGCAGCUGAUCAAAUAAUGACUGAUGCUUCUAUUCCACAGUGAUUUAAAUUGCAUUAUGUGUCUUACCAUUCAGGUUUUUUUUGUAUUAAUGUACGAUAAGCAAUGUUGUUUUACUGUCCAGUGCAUUUUCAACCACAUUACCAAAAGGAUGUUUUUGACAGUGCAAUACAUAAAUCUUACAUGCUCGUGUAAGUUUGAAAACUAAUUGUAUUUUCAUGAAUUGACAUAAUAUUUCAUAUCUAUAAAAACAUCUAAUAUUCCAAUUAAAUAAAUUUACUAUCAGAAACUA